AUGUACGCAGGCAACGCGGCGCGCAUCUACGAUCCGCAGCCGGACUUGCUGGAGCGCGGCCCGCCCAAGCGCGUCUUGCGUGAGGAGCAGCAUAUCGGUGAGAUGGUGGCGUCCUCUAAGAAGCGCGUGACGUGGCGUUUCACGUUGGGCGAGUCGGACCGUACGCACGAGGUGGUGCUGAUCCACUCCAUUAUGAGCUACAAGAAGAUAGUCCAAUACGACGGUCGCCAGAUGCACUUCUCGUCGACUGCGACUUUAGGAGAUUGGAGCUUCUCCAUGAUCCUAGACGGACUUAACGUGGUUAUGGAAGUCCGCAUUAACGACAUGGAGUCGGUCGACGUCCCGAAAUAUGACUUUGUCAUUGACCGAAUACCGUUCCGUCGCUGGGAUGUCUAUCGUCGCAAGAAACACGCUACCACUACGUCCACUUAUGCGCAACCGAAUGCUCCUACUGGAAAUGCCUAUGGAACGCACCGCUGGGGGCCUAAUGGAGCUAUUCCACCAUCGCAGAAUGAGUCUCAACCCUAUCGUGGCUCGUUUUCUAGUGGCAAUCGAGGCCCUUUCACGGGUAAUUCUCCACCGUCAGACCGCACGCAGAGCCUCGGCCACCAGGGACCUCGUUCGCGAACGUCGUCGGAGCACAGUACCGGUAGUAAUGGACGCACUCGCAGCUUUUCAGGACAGCAGAACCGACAACAAGGCUUUAGCGGUGCAAAGCAGAAUAGUGGGCAGCGUUCUUCCUUGCAAGCGCAGAGCGCUCCAUUUGCUUCGACCACGACCGCUACGAACUCUCACCGGCAACCACCUCCGGCUCCAGCGGCGUCUAAGAAGCAGCCUGAAAUCAACCUCAUAGACGACUUUGGUCCCAACGUGAGUGUCUCGGCGCAGUCGCUGAUCUUCGAUCCUCUGGUCAGUGUGAGUACCGUGUCACUUAAAACGCAUGCAUCGUUUGUGAUGAUUGAUCUCAUGUUUUGA